AAUCCAUUGUACUUGCAAACCUAGGGGCGUGACCGUGUGCGGUUCGAAGGGGUGUGAUAGCCAAUCGGAUGACGAGAUAGGCGGGACCGUAGGUGCUGUGGGUCAAGUUGCUGUGCCGGGCAGGACUGUGGAAAACAAGAGGCUGUAAGUGCGUCGGAGAGAAACCAUUUGGCUGUGGCAGACGGAGCAGAUCCCAGCACCAGAGCCCGACACCCCGCAGCCGCCACCUCUCACCGCACCAGGGCCCCGUGACCGCUCCCGCCAUGGGCAAAGGCGACCCCAACAAGCCGCGGGGCAAGAUGUCCUCGUACGCGUACUUCGUGCAGACCUGCCGCGAGGAGCACAAGAAGAAGCACCCGGACUCCUCGGUCAACUUCGCCGAGUUUUCCCGGAAGUGCUCGGAGAGAUGGAAGACAAUGUCUGCAAAAGAAAAAUCAAAGUUUGAAGAUCUGGCGAAAGGAGAUAAAGCUCGUUAUGACAGAGAGAUGAAAAAUUAUAUUCCUCCUAAAGGCGAGAAGAAGGGAAAGAAAAAGGAUCCCAAUGCUCCUAAAAGGCCACCAUCUGCGUUCUUUCUCUUUUGUUCUGAACAUCGUCCAAAGAUCAAAAGUGACCAUCCUGGCUUGUCUAUUGGGGAUACUGCAAAAAAACUAGGUGAAAUGUGGUCUGAGCAGUCAGCCAAAGAUAAACAGCCAUUUGAACAGAAGGCAGCAAAACUAAAGGAGAAAUAUGAAAAGGAUGUUGCAGCAUACCGUGCCAAAGGCAAGAGUGAUGCAGGAAAGAAAGGUCCUGGUAGGCCCACAGGAUCUAAGAAGAAGGCAGAACCUGAAGAGGAUGAAGAUGAGGAUGAUGAAGAGGAGGAGGAAGAUGAAGAGGAGGAUGAUGAAGAUGAAGAGUAAAUGGAUAUUCUGCUGUAAAGAUUUGUGCUCGAAGUCCAAUAUUUUGCUAAGAAUGUGAACUCAAGUGCAGCUCAUUGUUAGCUUCAGUAUAAAAAAAAAACUGUACAGAAUUGUGUAUAGGUAAUGUGAUUCUUUGUAGGGAGACCUAUAUUUUUUAAUGUAAGUAGUAGCUGAGGGCCGCUACAGUUAGGUUCUUAAAAACAAAAAACGGAUGUUGUGGAAUGUUUUUGCAUAUUUAAUGGUUUCUUUAAAAUUCAGUGACUGAUAGUCUGAUGUUUUUAGCAGAGUAAAACAUAGGAAGUAGGAAAAUAGCUGAUCUUAUAUUUUGUAGAAUAUUGCAUUGUAUUACUUUUUUAACAAUUUUGUAAUAAAAUGAUGUACAUUACUGUG